AAGGCCGGUGCAUAUAUGAGAAUGCAAGGAGGUUGCUAAUUUGAUGUGAUGAACUAAUGUACUAUAGACUAAAUGAUUUUUUUUAACCACGUUGGCAAUGUAAACACCAAAGAUACUUCAAAUUAGAAUAGAAUUAAAUUAUGUCUUUUUUUUUGAAAAAAAAAACAAAGAAGGAAAAAGACAAAAAGAACUCAUAUAAAACCAUAUGACUCCCUCCCAAUUCAUCCCAUGACAAAGCCAUUCUUUGUUUCCCAUCAAGCUCUAAAGUCAUGUCUUCCUACACAACUAAAACUCAUGAAAAAGAAUCCACCAACAUAAUCCAUGAGCCUUUGCUAGCCAACAAAACACCAAUACCUUACCAACAAAAGCAACAUGAACAUCAUCAAAUCUCACGAACUCAGCUUAUGCUUGCUUUAAAUGAAGCAAGGUUAAUCACUAGAUUAGCACUUCCUUUAGUCUUAACCGGCCUUCUUCUUUACUCGCGCUCCAUGAUUUCCAUGCUCUUCCUAGGCCAAAUUGGAGAUCUCGUUUUAGCCGGUGGAUCUCUAGCCAUAGGGUUUGCCAACAUAACCGGCUACUCGAUUCUCUCUGGCCUUGCCAUGGGAAUGGAACCCAUUUGUGGCCAAGCCUUUGGGGCUAAAAGAUACAAACUCCUAGGCUUAGUCUUGCAAAAAACAAUCCUCCUACUCCUCUUAGCAUCAAUACCCAUUUCUUUCCUUUGGCUCAACAUGAAAAAAAUCUUGCUCUUUUGCCACCAAGAUGAAAACAUUGCUAAUGAGGCUCAAUCUUACAUUCUUUUCACUCUUCCUGACCUCAUUGCUCAAUCACUCCUUCAUCCAAUACGAAUCUACCUACGAACUCAAUCCAUAACACUACCCCUAACAUGUUGUGCCGCUCUAGCAAUCCUCCUCCACAUGCCCAUCAACUACUUCCUUGUUAUACACCUUAACCUUGGUGCAAAAGGGGUUGCCUUAAGUGGGGUGUUAACCAAUUUCAACCUAGUAGGAUCACUUAUCAUUUACAUUAUUUUCUCAGGCAUCUAUAAAAACACUUGGUGCACAAUCACAAGCGAAUGUGUUCGAGGGUGGAAGGCCCUUAUCAACCUAGCCAUCCCAAGUUGCAUUUCGGUAUGCUUAGAAUGGUGGUGGUAUGAAAUCAUGAUUUUACUGUGUGGGUUAUUGUCUAAUCCUCAAGCUACUGUUGCAUCAAUGGGAAUUUUGAUCCAAACCACAGCAUUAAUGUACAUUUUCCCAUCAUCCCUAAGUUUAAGUGUAUCAACUAGGGUGGGAAAUGAAUUGGGUGCAAACCAACCAAAAACGGCAAAACUUUCAACAAUUAUAGGCCUCUUUUUUAGCUUCAUACUUGGAUUUUGUGCACUUAUUUUUACAAUCAUGGUAAGAAAAAAAUGGGCAAGUUUUUUUACCAAAGACGUGGAAAUUAUAGCACUAACUUCAAUAGUUUUGCCCAUAAUUGGCCUUUGUGAGCUAGGAAAUUGCCCACAAACUACAGGAUGUGGGGUUUUAAGGGGGCUUGCUAGGCCCAAAUUAGGUGCAAUUGUUAACCUUGGAAGCUUUUAUUUGGUGGGUAUGCCUGUGGCUUUAUGGUUGGGGUUUAAGUUGGGGUUUGGAUUCAAAGGUUUGUGGCUCGGGUUGCUAACAGCCCAAGGUUCGUGUGUGGUUGCCAUGUUUUUCGUGUUGGUUCGGACGAAUUGGAAGGUUCACGCCCAACGGGCUCAAGAGUUAAUCUUAGAUGAUUGUGGUUAUGAUUGUGGUUUUGGAGCGGAUAACUGUGAAUUCGUGAAGUAAUACAUACACUAAUAAAAAAAAGUACUAAUGGAGCAUCGAUCUGAAAAAUCCGAGGUGUAUUAGAGAACUUAAUUAUGAUUAAAAUCAGUCAUCGGUAUAUCACAUGGAAAAAAGUUGUGCCAUACAUUUUAUUCAACAUAGUAUGAUAUUCUUAAACUAAUAUUAUAUUUAUAUUGAUAUUUAUAUUAAGGUAGAAGAUAUUAGGAGUAAAGUACCUAACGAAUUAUUCAAAGGCACGUAGGUUAGAGUCAAGAAGUAUAUUUCAAGCCCUACAUCUAACGUGUAUUUGGCUAUUUGUGCUAUAUAGAGAGUGAAGUCAGUAAUGGAACUUUGAUAUUUUUGUACACUUCAUUGAAAAUGAGUACUAGUCUAUAGAUUUUUAUUGUUCCCGCAAUUUUCAAUUAUUAUUCAAAUAGGGAAUUUUUUAUUUUUAUUUUUUUUGGUUAAAUUAGUUUGUAUUGUAUAUUGU